CAAACGAACAUGCGCUUCUUACUUGCGAAUAUCCAAUGUCACGUACCUGAUUCUGGUUGAUGAUGCAUCAUGUCCAAAGCUGGAUAGGUAGGCAUCUUCAACCAUGACAAUCUCCCAUGCCUACAUAAAAGAAGUGUUUGAGACCCUCACCGCCAGUAAUAUCAUAUCCUCAUCCAACCCAAUCCAACCCCAACAGAAUUCACCUUCAGAACUAACCCAUAUUCACAAUGUGCCGUAAGCUUUGGCCCGUCUACUCGUGCGGGCACGAACAAAUCCCCGCCCAGAGCACCCGCACCGAGUCCUGCGGAAACAGCUGUCCAGAACACUCUUGGGGUUCCGGCUACUAUCAGCUCCCAACAGACUGCGGUAAUGUUCGCUGCUCAACAGCAAUACGGAACAUGUUGGACAAGGGCCAAGUGAAAAUUGCUGAUUGGAAGUGGAAUUAUGGUGCUCAUACUGGUAAUAACUAUAGCGGUGGUGGUGCCGGUGGUGGUGGUGGUGAUACUACCUCGUAUGGUGGGUAUGGCGGUGGAUACGGCGGUGGAUAUGCCGGCUUUUCUCCGAUGCCCCCGUCGGGGCCGUCGUCCGUGUCUUGUCCGGUGCAUGGUGGAUACAAUCCGGCGCCGUUGCCUGCAGCACCCUCUCUUCAACCGUAUCAUAACGCUGGCAGCGGCUUUUACCAAGGAUAUAACAACAACCCGGUGUUGCGUCCUAUGUCAGCACCUCCAGCCCCGUUCUUGGGUCAACCCUUCUUUCCACCUUUCCCACCGUAUGGCGGCGGCAGUCAAGGGUGUCCGCCUCCGACGAUUGUGGUGAGAUAUCGUCGGUAG